AAUGACUUUUGGCAUAAUUGAAACUUCUACUUUUGUCACCUGCUUACUAUUUUCAAGUGUUCUUUGUGCUCCUUUAUGGAAAGACGCUUGCCUUCAACUGGAUCCUCCUAAUUUACAAGACACUUUGGCCGAAUAUCGAGCUCAAUAUGACGUUCAACCAACAUCAAUGAAUUCCUACUUUAGUAAGUCGUUCGGUGAUUAUUUAGUAAGUGAAAACGAGAAUGUUACGUGCCCUAAAUCCCUAACUGAUCUUCAAAUUGAACUCAAUAAGAAGAAGAUUACAACUAAACCAUCCACUUGUCCAACAUAUUCAGUUAUCAGCUAUAAUGAAGACCGCUAUCCAAGAUCUAUUAAGGAAAGUCUAUGUAGGUGUACACAAACUGAAAAUAAUGGGUGUUUAACACGAACAAGUCAAACUGACCGUAGAUACGAAUGUGAAGCAGUAUACGCAGAAAUAGUUGUUUUAUACAAAGAGAGAGGCACUUGCGAAGGAGAAUUUUCAAAAUACGUUCCCUCCUUGUAUAGGCAGUCAAUGGGGUGUACAUGUUCCUAUAAAAUGUAUUUGAGAGCAAACAUAAGCUUUUAA